CCCUCCUCCAGAGGGUCCAAACUCCGGUUUUCUGGUCAUCCAGGAUGAAGAAGCUGAGGAAACAUGUUGUUUUGGCAACGUAACAGUUAUGAAGUAACUUCCCUCCCUUAUUUCCCUCAAAACAAGAGGCUUGUGGUUCAGCAUUCCACUGGCGCUGGAGAGAACAAACAUGUUAUUUACCAUGAUGUAGCGUUCAUUCCUGUUCUUAAUAAGCCAUUGUCGCCAACCGAUACUAUGCAAUCAAACCUCGUGGAAGAUAUAAAGGAGUCGGAAGAACCAGAUCACCAUGACAUCUAUCAACAAUUUGAGAAAUGUCCUGGACACUGGAGAGGCUUCCAUGCCAAAUCCGUGGCCUCAGGUGGAUUUCCUCUUUAUUUCUUGAGAAGAAAAGGGUGGACAAUACAGACCUCAAUUCCGCGUAAUUUCAUAUUGGAUGAAGCACCAGGCCUUGAUACAGAUCUACGAGCUCGCCUACCUGAAUUUAACUUCUCGGUAUUGAAUGAGAGUUCUAACCUGAAGAAAAUCAGUGCAAGGGAAGGAUGUUUGAAUACAAUACUGAAUUGUAUUUCUGUUAUUUUUAUUCUGUACAUUGAGUAGCUGUUAUAUUGAGUCAUAAGAGCAAAAGUAGAUCCUAAUUAUGUAAACAAAUAAGGAAUGUAAAUAUUAUUUUCCUAAUACUGCAGAGACAUUGUCUUUUAACCGUUGAACUGGUUUACCCUUAAUUUGUGCUCAUGGGAUUGAUUAGUUGCUUUCUUUAUUCCUUGAUUAGCUCUGUUAGUUGAGUCUCCUAUCAACUAUUUCCCUUCACUUGGUUCAUGUGUUGAUCCUGCCUUUCUGCCUUUAUACUCCCCCUCAAACUGGAGGUAGGUGAUUCAACCAAACCCAGUUUGAAUUUCAAUAGUUGAAAUUGUGCUUGGUGAAGAGGUCUUGUGAGUAAAUCUGCAACUUGAUC